UCUUCACUCAAGUUCAAAUUCUCAAGAGAUCAAGCAAAUUUUUUCCAUUCUGAAAUUAUAUAUUUCUUGUGCUUGACAUAUUUUUAAGUAAAUGUCUUCCACAGUACGUAAAAUAUAUCUAGUCAUUGUUCUUGUAGUCACGCUUUGGAUUGGUACCAAAGCUCAAUCGGGCUGCACUAGGGCUCUUGUGGGCUUAUCCCCGUGUCUCAACUAUGUUAGUGGAAAUUCAUCGACUCCAUCCUCGUCAUGUUGCUCACAGCUUUCAAGUGUAGUUCAGUCGCAGCCGCAAUGUCUAUGCUCGUUGUUGAAUGGAGGUGCUUCCUCAUUAGGCAUCACAAUAAAUCAAACUCUGGCCCUUGCAUUACCCAAUGUUUGCAAUGUACAAACACCUCCACUUAGCCGGUGCAAUGACGCAAAUGGAGGAACAACUGUGGCUACCCCAGCUAGUUCUCCUGCCGAACCUCCAGAAGAUUACUCUGAUGAAGUGCCUGAUUCAGAUAUUCCAUCAGGAACAGGGUCGAAAACAUAUCCCAAAACUGACGGUUCAUUUGUUGGAGGAAGCAACGUAAAAACGCCAUUCAAUUUUGUUGGCGUCCUUCUUUUCGUUACAUCGUGUGCUUUGUCUGCCGCGAGAUUUUGAAAUUUUACAGCAGUUAACGCGGUUAAAUUUAUGCAACUUUUCUACUUGGAGAAAAGGCAUAGUACUGAUGUCAUGAAUAUUUUAUUCUUCUUUCUAUACUCUCAAGUAUGAACACUGUACCAGCUAUAAUCAAUGUGGCGUCUUCGAUAGGAGUCCAGGCUUUAGGAAAUUCUUCUGUACUGUACCUUACGAGAUUGUUUACGGAACACUGUCUAUGUCAUUAUUUUAGCAUUAUUUGAUCUCUUUGACGUCCUUCUUAACACGGCUUAUGCAAUAUAAAAAAGUGUUGAAUC